AUGGAUCAGGCCAGAGCACGAAGACAAGGUAGCUUGGCAGACAUUAUUCGGUCGAGGGUCGUAGAGCAGCUCGGCCUUCAGGAUCAAAUUGUGCUUGCAGCUCGAGUGCUCAACGGUUUCAACAUGGCAAGUGAAACCACCAAAGGGGAAAUUAUGUUGCCAGUAAACGUGGCCAGAAGUAUCCAGGAAAUGAAGUUUCAUGUAAUUGAAGGUGAUAUGAGAUACAACGCGCUGCUUGGGAGACCUUGGAUCCCUAAUAUGAGGGCAGUACCUUCAACGCUUCACCAAGUCUUAAAAUUCCCAACACCGGAAGGAAUCAAAACGGUGUACGGCGAGCAACCCGCAGCCAAAGAAAUGUUUGCUAUUGAUGAAGUAAUACCGGUAUCGACACUAUCAUCAACGAAGGGACACGAAUCGAAGGGAAAGUAG